GUGUGUGUGUGCACGUGCACGCUCGGUGUGCAUGCAGGUAAUAAGCUGCUCCGCCACUGCGCAAUGAUGGAGCUAUCGCAGCGAUGGAGAUGACGCAAACAGACACAGCUCUCCAAAAAAGUGUUUCAAGACGAACAUGGCGGCAACUUAACCGCGGUCCAAGAUGACAAUGGCCACCGGGAGAACGGAUUCGAGCCUUUCUGCUCACGCACGGGACAGAGAACGCAAUCCGCCUGCAUCGAACGGACCGGCUGCUCUCCUUUAAGUGGAUCUUCAGCCCGAACGGCGGCAGAUGCGCAGCAUCAGUACCUAGAGGCUCGCAACAGCUGGUCCUCCUGCGCCCCCGACGAGAGAACAAGCCCGGGGAGGGACGUACGGAAGAGGGGGCAUGCGGUCAAAUAGGACGCCGUCUCCCCCCGGAGAGCCAUGGAGAACCGGGAUGCGGCAGCGAGACGCUUAAUCCGUGCGGGCGCGCUAAUUGGAUCGGAAUAGCACAGAUUGCUGCAGGCGCGAUAGUGGAGCGCCCUGGACCGUCGGAGGCACGGCACGGCACCCCGCCGCUCCACAGAACCAACCGGAGUCCAUCUCCCAACAAGUCAAUGAGUAUUGUGGCAGAGCAGCCCCCGCGGUGGAGUCGGGCAGGGCAGCACUCUCCUAAAAUAUGACCAGGGGUGCUUGGAUGCGUCGGCAGCAUGACGAAGGCUUAAAAUCCUGGUUUGCACCCCGAGAGAACGAGAAGCCAUUCACGGAGUCGGAGCGGGCCCAGAGAUGGCGACUGUCGCUGGCCUCUCUGCUCUUCAUCACCGUCCUGCUCUCUGAUCACUUGUGGUUCUGCGCCGAGGCGAAGCUGACACGGACCCGCGACAAGCGGCCGGACGCCGGCUUCGCCUUCGCGGACAUGGGCGCGUACCCGAACUCCCUCCGUGCGCCAACAUCCCCCGACCCCCGCCGUCUCGCCAGAGAGGAAGAUGUUAUUUUUAUAGGAAAUUCUACCAAACCUCUGUGGCGAAUGGAGACCUGUCACCCGGACAGCGUGUCCAAAGACUGCUUCACUUUCACGGACGCGCAGACCGUGUGCGUGGCCCUCUUUGGCGCGGGGGGAGAGGGGACACAGUCUGCCUACGUGAAUCUGAGCGAUUUGUACCUUUCUUUUUGUAAUUCCUACUCACUUUUGGAUUUGUUUUACGGGUUUACGAGUCCGGACCUAAUAAUGAAUUGCACCCUGGAUGCGGCCACGGGGGGAGAUGUGCCGGGAUGCGGGGCGUGCGUGCGGGCCUAUCAGCGUCUCGAUCAGCUGGCGGAGGAGACCUACCGGGAGUUUGAGCUGCUGGUUGAGAAAUACGAGACGGAUGCUUACUCGGUCAGGACGUGCAUGGAGGAGUGCAAGAUGGUUUAUAAGCCCUGGCUGUGUUCUCAGUACUUCCAGACCACCCAAAUGCACUGCAGCAACCGAAUCCCCUGUGGCCAGUACUGCCUGGAGGUGCAGCAGCGGUGCCCCUUCAUCUUGCCUGACAAUGAUGACCUUAUUCAUGGAGGAAGCCCCAGUUUUAUAUGCACAGGGCUGCUGGAGGACCAUCCAUCAGGUGUGGAUCCAGAUGCAAAGUGCUGCGAUGUAAGGUGGGACUUGAAAGCAGACAACCGUUCCAGGGGGACCCUAAAAAGAACUCACCCUCCAUGCCAGCACCGUACCUCCCUCAGCUCCUCGGCAGCCUGCAGACUGUGUAACAGCCGGCUCAAACUCUGCCUGCUGGUCCUUGUCCUCCUACACACUGUUGCCAGCCUCACUGCAUCCCACAAUGCAACAGGACUGGGUCUCCCCGCCAUCUCGCCUCUGGAGGAGAGCCCUGCCAACGAGGAGUGAUGGAGCUGCCAGGAGGAUGCGGGUUUGUUGCGGUGGGGGAUCCCCUCACCAUGGCAACCGUUGUGGAAAAAUACAGCAACAGUUGCGCGAUUGGCAGGAGCUGUGUGCCUGUGGACGUUCUAAAACACUUUCUGGCAGGAGGAAAUCGUGGAACGCUUUGAGACGAAGGACGCAUGAAUCAAUCAAAACAAAUAAGGAACUAAACAGACAUACAGAGGGGUUCAGUCCCUCAGAUAGGAGAAGAGGACAAUACCACAGCCUUUGUUGAGAGAGAAGGUCAGCUUCCUGACGGCUGAGUUUUUCUCCCCACAUGUUUUUACACUGUGUUCCAAUUAUUGGUUUUUGUUGCACUGGCUGACUAUGGAGUAACACAAUCAUGUUCCCUUUCUUAUGUCCAUCUUUUGUCUUCGUUUCUGCGUCUCUCAUGGAGGAAGAACAUGUUCUCUAAAUAGCAGGAUGUGUACAAAAACAGAACUAGCUGCAAGUUUGUGUGCAUGUGUGGAUUAAUUUACUGUGUGUGUGUGUGUGUGUGCGCAUCUGAGAGAUAAUGAGCGCAUGUUACUAUCCUAAACGUCUACCUAAGAGGCUGGUGGUUUCGCCGAAACCCCCUCAGAUGUCACUCAGCCCCUCCAGCUCGUUAUCCUCAGUCUAAUUAAGACUUCACCGGGGUUCGAUGGCGCCCCUGAGUGAGUCCACGCCGCACCCUGCGUUUGACACAGGUGUUUGUGUUCGGUUUCAUUAGAAGAUUUUCACCAAUUUAGAAUAUUUUCAAGGAUCAAACCAUCGACUGCAUAUGGAGAACUGGACCGAGUGACCCCCCUCCCCCAAUUGUGCUCAAAACAGGAAGUAGCCGCAGACUCCAUGACGCAAAAAUCCCAUAGAUUUCUAUUUAAAAAAUAAACAGCUAUUAAUCAGUCAAAAUAUUUGUUUUUUCAGUGCUAACAUUUGUUAGCAUGUUGUUGCUAACGCUCAUUUUAUAUAUAUAUUUCUGUUAUUUAAGUUUGCAUCCAUAUAAGUAGGUGGUCUUGCAUCAAAACGUUUGAAACGUUUGACAGAUUUGUGGCCUUUCAACAAGCCCACUCCUGAUUGGCUAGAGUGGUUGCCAUAGAAACAACAACUCAAACCAAUGUUGACCAAUCAGUAUUCACUGACAAUUUAAGAUUCCAACAUGGCGGCGUCUGUACUGCAAAAAAAAAAAAAAAAAGGCAACUGAAUUGACUUCAUUUGGUAUCGAUGAUGUCACGCUCACUUGUUCCAGUUCUCUUCUACAGUCACUGGAUUAAACCAUUCCUGCAUUUCAACGAAAACGUAAACAGCCGGCUCUCAGGAAGUGUUCCUCCAAAGUCGCCAACGUCUCAAGUGAUUUCAACCCAAUCCUGCUUUGUGAUUUUGAUGUAACCAUGCAGCACUGUUACAAGGAAGUCCGAUGAAUGGAGACAAACAAGCACUUGGUUAAAAUAAAUAAAUAAAUCAAUAAAAAGCCCAUUUUAUUUAAAGUUUGAGUGAAACCAACUCGUCUGGAACACAUGAUAAGCCUUUUAGAGAUGUUGUUUUAUGGUUCAGACAGUCUUUAAAACCCACAGCCUCAUAAUUCUGUUUGUUUUAAUGGCAAAAAAUAAAAACUAUCAGGUUUGGAAAAACCCUGUUUAGGUUCACCAAAACGACCUUUUUAGGGAAAUCACAGACAGCCUUUCGUGUUCUUUUGUAUGUCGACUCACUUCGUUUGUACAAGUCAUGCUGUCAUUUCAAAAAAGGUUUCAUAAAACAUAUUAGAAAACCCAAACAUACACAUUUAUCUCACAAUUUUGAAGUUAUGUAUUUCUAUCUCAGAGAAAAAAAGGAGAUUUAUUUCAAAUGUUGUCAUUUAUGGAACUUUUUAACAUAAAUAUUUUCACGUUGGACCUUUACUUGCCUAAACAGACUCUCAGUCUGUCUUUACUCGAGCCACUCGCAGAAAGUUGUCCAGAUUUUGGAAUGCUAAAGGCUAACCUACCCUAAAUAAUCGCAUGCCAGAAUCCUUGAUUACUCUGAGCUAACCCUUCACGUUAACAUUUUUACCUUUCUCAGGCCUGAUUGGUUUGCUUAGGUACAAAAUUACAUUUAAAAUCACAUAUUUUGCAUGUUUUUAGUACAUUUUACCCCAAAAAACCCUGCAUGUUCCUCGGUUUGCUUCAGAAAAGGGAAUUAUAUUUGAGUAAGAAAUAUGAAAACACACAUUUCAAAUAUAUAACAUUAAUAUUUAAGCAAAACGUGCAUUAAUAAAGUCUAAAAGUUUUUUUUAUUCGCAUUUUUUACAGGAUUAUUUGAGAAAAAAUGACUUUAAUGAUUAUUUGUCACCUAGAAAUAACCCGAUAAAUGAAAAAGUGAAUGAGUUUGAGGAAGUGAAAAUGUUCUUUUUUAAAAAAAAAUAUACUAAGAAAACCUUAUUUCUAACGAAAAUGCAAAUUUUUUGCUUAUAAUACAAAACUAAUGCAUUCACAUAUUACUGUACCAUUUUUUAUUUAUUAUUUUUUGCUUGCAAAUGCAGCAUAAUUUAGGAUUUUGAUCUUUUAGGCUUAAUAAAAAAUAAAAAGACCCUAAUUUUUCCUUAUGGUUUACAAAUAAAAAUAAUUUGCAAUUAUUGUAUUAGUUUAAUAGCUUUAAACAUUUUAAUCAAAAGCCAAAUUUAGGAUUAAAAAUGAUAAAAAUAUAUACAUUAACUUCAAAACUAAAUCUGAUUUCUUACUGAGAAACUGAGUUUUUGCGACAACAUUAGUAGCAGGGAGAUAUUAUAUUUAGGACGGCAAAAAAGUGAUUUUAAAAAGUCAAGACUUAAAAUGUGAGGUAUUCUAACUGAAAGGUUAAGGCUGCCCCUCUUUACUGAUCAGAACCAUAAUCAGCUCCUGUGGUGCGUUCACUGUCUCCUUAUUUUCUCCACCAAACCUCCAGGCGUCAUCACGAAAAGGGCUUUUAAAGAUUUAAACCAUAACCGAUCACAGAAUCUCUCCAAUUCAUGUUCAUUCGAGUCAAAAAUGAUUCCCACGACGUUCAUCCAAAAAGGCACAGCUGUUACUUGAGAGCUGAGAAACACAGAUAAAAUAGAAUAAAAACAUCCCGUCAUCGUCUGUGUGGACCCGUCCAGCUUUGUUUGUGUCGUAAAUGUGGAUCAGAAAGAAACGGUGUGAUCUCAAGGGCUGAUUUCUUCUUCAGUUGCUGGUUUGAUUUCCCUCUGACAGCUGUUAGGUCAGGUACCUGCUAAAAACAAUGUCGCUGAAUGCACUGUACUCCACACACAGAUGUCCAGCCCAGUGUCUGAUGUCAAACAUUUUGGUACAGCUUACAGUUUCUGACUUAAAAAAAUAAAAAUAAAAAAAAUGUUUUUUUUUUCUUUUUCUGAUUUAUACUUCCCCCCCUCUCCAUCUCUGUUCAUGUAUGGAAACAGGAAGCGGAUGUCUGCACUUAGUGACACAUUAAUGCUGCUAUACCAACAUCCACCAAAAGAUGGAGCUGUUUGUAUUUCUUUGAGAUCAUUUCUGCUCCAACACAAGAGCUGCCAGUUUCACACCGACCAGGAUGGAUGAGCUGUCGCUCCUCCGCCCAUUUGUUUGUGGCUGCCAGGGUUCUGCUGUGUGUUUGUGUCCCUGUGCUGUACGAGUCUGUUGUUUUACACCUCAUCUGAGAUGCAACAAACCUUCAACCAACCAAUCCUGUCUUUCCACAGAGAGAGGACAGGACUAGCAUUUCCUCGUCCCGACAAAAUGCAACAGAGCAUCCGAGAUUAAAGUGCACAAAGAUCUACGGCUAAAGGGGGUGAAGUCAGAUCUAUUUACUGUACAUGAGAACUGGACUGAGUAACCCCUCUUCAGGAAAUAUCUUCAAAAUCCUCCAAACUUCCAUUGAUAAAUAAACACUCUUUAUAUAUAUAUAUUUUUUAUCAUAUUGCUAAUCCUAAUUUUUAUAAUUAAAUUGUUUGUCAAGUCAUAAAACGGCCAAAUGUUACAUCAAAUGUUCAAAAGGUUUAGCCACUCACUGCUGAUUGGCUAGAGCUGGUUUGAUAAAAUCAAUUGAUCGUUUUGAAUCGAUUUAAUCUUAAAAGUAAUCGAUUCAUAAAAAUAUAAAUCAGUCUAGCACAUAAAGCUAAAGUACGCUAGCUUGAUGCUAACGUUUAAUGGCAUUUCCCAUAGCAUGGCUAAUGCUAACAGUCGUUCGACCUAAACAUCUAUUGCUGACUAAAUGAGCAAUUUUAUAAACUCACAGGUGGGAAUUUUCCAAACUUUUUUAAGGAAAUAUUUUUUUUUUUUUUUUGUGGUCUGAAACAGUUUUUUCUUAUUCUUCUUGAAAAAGGUGUAUUGCUAAAGCGUGAUCACCACCUAGUGGCCAAACUCAGAUGCCGACCAGGAGAAGCAGAACAAUGUUUGCAAUGUUAAUGAUCCGAUUGGUUUAAAUUAUUGAUAUCUUGUUAAAACCACAAAAAAGGGCGACUGAGCUGACUUUAUUUUGUAAAAGCCAGAAAUAACCCACUUUCUAUGAGUGACAUCACACUCACUCAGUCCAGUUCUCAUGUACAGUCAAUGGCCAAAGUUUAUAAAACAACACAGAAUUUAGAAAUAAUGUUGGAGGCAAACAACUCGCCCCAAAUGUGUCCCCAAACUCCUCAAAAAAGAAGAUCAUGUGAUGCGUUUUGGAUCUGUGUCAGCAGCUGAACCCAUUCCUGAAGCCAUCCGUGCUUGUUCCAUCGAUGAACCGUUCAACUGCUACACAAAAACAGAUUUGAGUUAUUGCACAGUUUGUCUAUUUCCUUUUUUAAGCGAUGAACAAAUUGUUUUGUGUUCUAGAGGUUCGGUUAGACCUCUGAUAACGGUCUCACAAAACACCAAAACAAAUAGUUUUUCCACUUCACACGCAGACGAUGAAGGCCUCGCUCCCUCUUCCACAAACUCCACCCCUCUGACUCCAUCGGUCUUCACAAUAGUUGCGUUCUCUAUCCUGUGGAUCUAUGCAGAAGUACAUUCUUUUUUUUUUUGGUUGUAAAUAUGUUUGCUGAACAAAAUGUGUUUCUCUUUUGUGUAUUUUCAGUUGGUGUCAUGCUGUUACCUUCCUCUUCUCCUUGUUUUAUCUGAAGGUCUGAAAUCACUCAGAGAGAGUCUGUGGCAACGUUUGACCGACGGACUUGUUGUCACAACCUCGUUGUGAAAGGUUGUGUGCGUGCGCACGUGUGUGUGUGUGCGUGUGACAGAGAGGCUUAUCCUACUACAGAUGAAAAAGGGGUCAAAGGCAUUUAGAAGUAUCAUUGCGAUUAUAAUUAUUAUGAUUACUACUAUACUACCAGUAUAUUGUAAUAUUAUAGAUGCUUUAGUUCAAGUAACUUAUUUAAUUUUUUUACAAAGAACUUUGAUGAAAUGAUUUAUAAAACUGUCUCACAAGUCAUGAUCUUUUGAAAAAGUAUGAAAACUACAGGUACAAUGCAUUAAUUGUGUUCUGAUGAAAAUAAAUACAGACAUAUAAUCUGUU